GCGCAGGGGUGCGGGGACUCCCGGGGGCUGCCCCGCUCCGGGUUAACGAUUCCCCGACGGCUGCGAGAGGACCCGCCCCGACGGCAGCCGCGUAGUGCCGGAGCCGAGCCCCGGGACCGGGAUCGGGCACCCGCGGGCCGGAGGCGGCGGAAGCGCGGAGGGGGCGGCCCGAGCGGGGCGGCGAAGGGCCGGGGAGGCGCGACCCGGUGCUGCCGGGCGGCCCCGCGGGCUCCCUACGGCCGUUGCGCCGGAGCCCGAAGCCGCGGUCGUUAACCAUUAACCGCGGAGCCGCGGGCAGCGCCAAGGUCGGGCCGGAGCCGCUCAGCCGCCGCGCUCCCGGUGCCGCUCCCGGUGCCCGAGGAUGUGGCUGUGCCUGGCGGUGGUGCUGGUGGGGCUGUGCCUGCUGCGGCGCUGGCACCGGGAGCGGCAGACGGUGCCGAGGCUCUCGGAGAAGUCGGUGCUGAUCACGGGCUGCGACAGCGGCUUCGGGAACCUGCUGGCGCGGCAGCUGGACGCGCGGGGGCUGCGGGUGCUGGCCGCCUGCCUGACCGACACCGGGGCUGCGCAGCUGCAGGCAGCCGCCUCGCCGCGGCUGCAGACCAUCCUCCUGGAUGUCACCUCCAGCCAGAGCAUCGCCGCCGCCGCCGCCUGGGUCCGCGAGCGUGUGGGGGACGCAGGGCUCUGGGGGCUGGUGAACAACGCGGGGAUCGCCAUUCCCACCGGCCCUAACGAGUGGCUGACCAAGGGCGACUUCGUCAAGGUGCUGGACGUCAACCUGCUCGGCCUCAUCGAGGUGACGCUGAGCCUCCUGCCCCUGUUGAGGCGGGCGCGGGGCCGGGUGGUCAAUGUGGCCAGUGUGAUGGGCCGUGUCUCCUUUUUUGGCGGGGGGUACUGCAUCUCCAAGUUCGGCGUGGAGGCCUUCUCCGACAGUCUCCGGCUUGAGAUGCGCAACUUUGGGGUGAAGGUCAGCAUAAUCGAGCCAGGCUACUUCAAGACGAUGAUCACCAACAAGGAGAACCUGGAGAAUGAGAUUCUUUCCCUCUGGGAGAGGCUCCCUGAGGAAACCAAAACAAGUUACGGGGAGAAGUACUUGAAGGAGUCGCUGGUGGGACUCAACAUGCUGCAGAAGAUGUGCAACUCCAACCUGACGCUGGUCACGGACUGCAUGGAGCACGCGCUGACCAGCCGCUACCCCCGUGCCCGCUACUCGGCGGGCUGGGACGCCAAGCUGCUUUACAUCCCGCUCAGCUACCUGCCGUCAGCCCUCACCGACACCAUAUUCACCCGGUUAUACAGCAAACCCGCCCAGAAAGCCUAAAGCCGGGGCGCGGCGUUGGCAGCCAACGGGCAGCAGCAGCGUGGGCUCCGGCAUCGCCCUCAGCCGAGGCCGUGCCAACAGGGUCCUGAAUUUCUAACGCAAUGUACGGCUCACAGCCCGCUGUCCCCUGCUAGCAGACCUGUUUGCUUCUGAAUAAAGACAACUCCUCCUCUGCA